GUUUCCUGUACUCAGGGUUGAUUGCACACAAGUUUAGAUCAGUGUGUAUGCUAAGCUGCGUGUCAGUGUGCGUUGUCUUGUUUGAGGUUACAGAAACACCAUACAAGUGGGUCAUUGAGAAAUAAGGUUUUUGAAAAUGUGGAAGACUGUUUGAACAAGUCUUAAUGACUGCACAACAGUUUUAAUACAUUUUUAGGAAAUGUCAGGAGGCACAACCAAAAGUUUAAAAAAAACACACCUUUCUUUGAGGAGCGAGCCGGCCCAGAGUAAUGGCUGUGCCUGUGCGAUGGCUGUUUACUCCUCUCCUGCUCGCCUGCGUCCUCCUUGCCACUCUGGAAGCUAAAGUCUUCCUGGAGCCUCAGAGGGCAUCAGGGCUGUUGAGGGUCAGGAGACCACGAGCCAACUCCUUCCUGGAGGAGCUCCAGCCUGGGAAUCUGGAAAGGGAAUGCAUCGAGGAGACCUGCUCUCAGGAGGAGGCCUACGAGAUCUUCCAGACUAGAGAGAAGACGAUGGAAUUUUGGCAUGCAUAUAAAGGUAUCAACCAUUGUCGUUUCAACCCAUGUUUGAAUGGCGGGAUCUGCUCAGGGGGAAGGGAUGGAUUCCACUGUGUCUGUCCCCCACUCUAUGAGGGCAGGAGCUGUGAAAAAGAGGUGUUUGACUGUGAGCAUAAGAAUGGUGGCUGCCUGCAUUACUGCAGUAACUGGGACCGCAGCACUGCAGUCACAUGCAGCUGUGCUGAAGGCUAUGAGCUGGAGGAGGAUGGAAAGAGGUGCAAGGAGGCAGUGAGGUUUCCCUGUGGUAAGCAGUGGAUUGGCGGCUCGUCGUACCGCAGCCUCCUCUCCAAUGACACCCAGCCCCUCUACACACUAAGCCCCAACGCCACACAGCCAGCCUGGGAUAACUCCACCCUCGGACAGGGUAACUCCAGUGACCCUGUGGGAGGGUACUACAGAGACAUGCAGGAACUCGAAGCCAACGACACACGCAUCAUUGGGGGGAUGCUCCAGAGACAGGGAGGAAGCCCCUGGCAGGUUCUCCUCCGCAGGCCUGACGGCUAUGGCUUCUGUGGAGGGACACUCAUUUACGAGCGCUGGGUGGUCACUGCAGCUCACUGCCUGCAGGACACAGUAGACCAUGUGACUAUAGGUGAUUAUGACAAGAAGCGUAUGGAUCCGGGUGAGCAAAAGAUAGCAGUGGCACACAGAAUAACGCACCCUUUCUUCCACGAGUACACCUUCGACAGUGACAUUGCCCUUCUUUACCUGGCCCAACCGGUGAAGUUCAGUCCGUUUGCCACCCCAGCCUGCCUUCCCAAUCCAAACCUGUCCCGGCACUUGCUACGCGACGGCAUCAUGGGGAUCGCCACCGGAUGGGGGGCCACCCGCUACCUUGGCCGCUCCUCGCGUUUCCUCCGGAAGGUCGCGCUUCCCAUUAUCGACCACAUGAAGUGCAUGGGCUCCACUGAGCAAGUGAUCACAGACAACAUGUUCUGCGCUGGAUACGAAGUGAUCGAAAAGGACUCGUGCUCGGGGGACAGCGGUGGGCCGUUCGUGGUGAACUACAGAGGCACCUGGUUCCUCACGGGCGUGGUCAGCUGGGGAGAGCAGUGUGCAGCGAAAGGGAAGUACGGCGUGUACACACGGCUGGGGAAUUACCUGAACUGGAUACGGGACACCAUAUCCGCACAUGAGCAGAGUGUGGCAGCUACAGAACGGCCUUAAUAAGGAGGUCCUCAUCUGGGCAUCGCCACUGGCGUUGUGCCCAUUUAAGUUAGGCGGGCGUGUGCCCACCCAGAUUUGGAUCUGGAUCUUUUAAGUGUAAAAAUAAUCUUUACAAAGUCUUUGAAUAUGCCCAAUUUAAGAUGAUGGCCUCAUAUCCUCAUACAUAUUGCAUCCACCCAGAACACCUCUGAGCACAAUGCUACUUUGGUGCUAUAAAUAUUAAAGACUGACAAAGAUGGCCCUGUGCUCUUUUUGGAGACUGAAUGAAUUAGUUGUAAAUGUAUAAAUGAAAAGCUCCAAGGCUAUCCAUUCAUAUUCAAUCAGUACUGCUUUUAAAUAAAGUCCACAAUCUCUCUCAUAAGAGCGGUUUGAGGUUGUUGUACAUGGUCAAAA